GCGGCGCGAGGGCUGCCGGGAGCGCGAGGGUGGCGGUUACGGCGGUUGCGGUGUUUGCCGGUACCUCAGGCAUGGCUGCUGUGCCAGGGGGGCCGAGAGAUGCUGGCCUUACAGUAGAAAGAGUAAAACUGUGAGAAAGGGGAAACUGCUGUGCUAGAAUAUGCGUUAAUUGUUGUGGAGUGAGCUUUGGAAGCUUUCUGUUAGCAUAAAGAAGGAGAAAUUGUUCUGAUGCUGCUUAGCUAGUGAUGCUUUGUGUCUUUUGAUGAAAACUUCUGCAAUGAGUAAACGUAAGGCCAAGGAGAGCAGUGGGGCAAGCAGAGAAUGCAUUUCACAGGUGCAAAAAGUUUUACGUGAAAGAUUUUGUCACCAUUAUGCUCCUGACAAACUGUUUGGGAUUGAACAGCAGUACAAACACCUGCUGGAACUGCUGAAACGAACGACAUUUCAUGGAGAAAGUAAUUCUGUCCUCAUCAUUGGGCCCCGAGGAUCAGGAAAAACUGCGCUAUUGAAUCAUGUCUUAAAAGAGAUCACAGCAAUGGAAGCUGCUAAACAGAGCCUCUUGCAAGUUCAUCUGAAUGGGCUUUUGCAGACUAAUGAUAAAGUGGCCCUGAAGGAGAUCACCAGACAGUUGCACCUGGAAAAUGUGGUUGGGGAUAAAGUUUUUGGCAGUUUUGCAGAUAAUCUUGUGUUCCUUCUUGAAGCUUUAAGGAAAGGAAAUCGGACUAGCAGCUGCCCAGUCUUGUUUAUACUGGAUGAAUUUGACUUGUUUGUUCAUCACAAGAAUCAGACACUGCUUUAUAAUCUCUUUGAUAUAUCCCAGUCAGCACAGACUCCAGUAACAGUUAUUGGGCUUACAUGUAGACAGGAUGUCCUGGAGCUCUUGGAGAAGAGAGUAAAAUCAAGGUUCUCUCACCGACAGAUAUAUUUGAUGAAUUCCUUUGAUUUUAGACACUACAUUAGGAUAUUCAAGGAACAGCUUUCUCUUCCUCCUAAAUUUCCUGAUGAGUCUUUUGCACAAAAAUGGAAUAAUAAUGUCCAGCACCUUUCAGAGGAUAAAACUGUUCAGGAUGUGCUGCAGAACCUCUUCCACCACACCAAAGAUCUGCGCUCACUGCACUUGCUGUUGAUGCUUGCUCUAAGUACGGUUACUGAACAUCACCCACUCAUCACUGCAUCAGAUCUUCAAGAAGCAAGCAAGCAGUAUAGAAUGGACUCAAAAGCAAAUAUUGUACAUGGUUUAUCUGUCCUGGAAGUCUGCCUAAUUAUAGCUAUGAAACACUUAAAUGAUGUUUAUGAAGGAGAACCAUUUAACUUCCAGAUGGUUUACAAUGAAUUCCAGAAGUUCAUGCAAAGGAAAGCACAUUGUAUGUACAACUUUGAGAAGCCAGUUGUCAUGAAGGCAUUUGAACAUUUGCUCCAACUGGAAUUAGUCAGACCAAUAGAAAGGCCCUGUGUGCGGGCACAGAAGGAGUACCUCCUGAUGAGGCUGCUUCUGGACAACAGUCAGAUCAUGGAUGCUUUGCAGGUGUACCCCAACUGCCCCACAGACAUCAAGCAGUGGGCAGCCUCCUCACUCAGCUGGUUGUGAACUUUUGGGAACUUUAUGUUCUUUUCUCCAUCAAAACUCUUGGAGUUUACACUUAACUCCAGAAGAUGUUUAUGUUUACCCACAGGGGGGUGGUCCAAAUGAAUAAAUUU